CAGUCGAUGGCAGCACGGAGAGCCGACUGCGCGAAUGCCACUGGGUCGUUUCGUGGGCGCUGUGAACGGCAUCCGCCAAAGCAAAGAGACAGAACGCGAUGGAACGAGAAGACGCUUGCGGAUCAGGCGCUCCUACACCCCUACGGACUACAUUUCCCAGCAUUCCUCGCCAUGGAGGGGCGGGGCCAGACGGGGGCGGGCGGAAGCGGCGAAGGCGGAAGCAACAGAGCCAGCACGACCCUGCCGUGCGCCCGAUCUUGGCAGCACUAUGCAGCCAGAUACGGAGAGGACUCGGAUACGGCCCAAGAAGCCAGACAAGGCCCUGUACGUCCCCAGAGCUCUACGUGAGACGGCCGGCUCAAAAACCAGCACCUCAUUAGCCACCAGACACGGGAGCGAGGGGAGCCUCUCCUGCUCCUCAGGGAAGGAGAUCACCAAAGGAUGUGAGGGAAAGCCGAGUCCCAGAGCUGGGAGAGGCCUGUUUCACGAGGACCGGGAUGGAGUGGAUGCACCCAGAGAACCAAGAGGAACCUCAUCCCAAGGAGGAAGCUAUAGCAAUGCCUUCUGCACAAGGCCAAAGGCUCGGAAAGAGUCCCACCAGAAGGCUGAGUCACACAGACUGCCCGCUUCCUCCAGCUUCCUAGCCACAACUCCCUCUGCACUGCCCAGCCGUCAUGCAGAGUCCUGCACUGCCCUCUCUCAUACUAAUCUAUUGUGGAGGAUGGCCGAACUCCAGCUUCAGCCAAGGCGUAAUGAGGUAGACUGCUCUUGGGAGCAGCAGCACAUGUGUCCGUCAGCAGAGCAGGAUGCUUUCUCUUUGCAAAGGACUCCCCACACUGGCGUGAGCAAGCAGGCAGGAACACUCCUCACAGACCAGGUAGGGCUGAGUGAAGGGAGUGUGCAGACAUCCAGCAGCGAGAGGCUCUCGGAUGAGGGAGAGGUGGGUGACGGUGGCCUGUUGGCCAGCAGGGAAAGCACCAUGGCUCCCACGAGCCAAGGUGACUCAGAACCAGCUGGAAUAAGUGAGGGCGAUGUGUCUGGAAGUUUAGCUGAGGGGGUUCCAGGUGGCCCAGGGGCACAUGAGGAUUGCCUCUCAGCAUGUACAGGCGAGGGAGUGUCUGAUCCAACAGAUGCAGGCAAGGGAAACACGUUGGUUUGCCCUGAGACAGUUGAGCCUGGUGGACGUGAAGGCACCAAUAAGAGCAACUCCAAUCAGACAGAGAUGAGUGACGGUAGCAUGUUGGACUAUACGGCCAAUAAAGUUCCAGAUCAGACAGAACCAAAGGAAGGCAGUGGCAUCAAAGAUGCAAACGGGAGCGUCGCUGCUCAGCCAGAAGCCAACGAGCAGAGCACACUAGAGCAUGGCGAGGAGAAUGAGAGUAGCAUUCCCAGUCAUGCAGUUGAACACAUGUCUGAUCAGAUUGGAGUGAGCUUUGAUAAUGUGUCUGGAAACAGGGAUGAGAGCCCUUUAAUUGAGGCAGGUGGUUCAGGGGUGGCUGCAGGCUGUAACUGUUCAGAUAGUGACUACGGGACAAGGGAUUGUCACCCCAGUUGUGUCUCGGAGGAUGAAGUGGGGCAAGGGUGUGGCAGGGAACACGAGGAGGGAGGCAGCAUUUCCCAUCACACCUGUCGGUGCAAAGGCGAUGUCUCUGGGGCUGAGGCUGCGCCGGCAACAGGAGAAGCGAUGUUGGGCAUGGGAGAGCAAAGCGCUGAAGGAAGGGAGGCUGCUGGCCAGUCACUGGGAUGUGCCUCAAAGAAGGCGGCGUGCAGCGCAGAGAGAGUCAUGGAGGGAGCAAGAGCUCUCUCAGGGGACGCCUCAGUGCAAAAGCCAAGCCAUGGGGAUGUGGGCAUGAGGUGGUGGCAUCCGUCUGAAGCCAAGGCAGGCGAAGAAGCUGGAUGGAGCGAGGAGCCUGCUGGAACCAGCAUUGAUCCGGCAACCGGCAAUGAAGAUGACGGCGUGGCAGAUGAGAGCUGGGAUGCUCUGUUUAAUGACGAUGGUGACUGCCUGGAUCCGCAUUUACUGGCGGGGCUUUCUCCCCACAGACCACACCCUGCGGGGCUACAGGAGCCACGCUUUGACUACUACAACUACACCCCGGCUGACUUGGACUUGAGUGACUCUGAGCUGCCCCACAUCAUUGAGAUCUACGACUUCCCAGCGGAGUUUCGCACCGAGGACCUUCUGCGCGUCUUCUGCAUCUACCAGAAGAAAGGCUUUGACAUUAAAUGGGUGGAUGACACACACGCCCUGGGGAUCUUCUCCAGCCCCAUCACAGCCCGAGAUGCUCUCAGCACCAAGCACCUGAUGGUGAAAACCCGUCCGCUGUCCCAGGCCACGCGAGCUGCAAAGACCAAGGCCCGAGCCUUUUCUGAAUUCCUGCAGCCAGCCAAAGAGCGCCCCGAGACCUCAGCCGCUCUGGCCAGGAGACUGGUGACAGGCGCCCUGGGUGUGCGGAGCAACCAAAGCAAGGCCGAGCGGGAAGCUGAACGCAGGCAGCUGCAAGCAGCCCGAGAGCGGAAGCGCUUGGAGAUGAAACAACGAGAAGAUGCCUGGGAAGGGCGUGAGUGAGGCCGCACCAUCUCAAGGAGAAAGGGGAGAGAUGCCUUGAGACUUCACCUGAGCAGGACUGGGGCUUGGAUGCAGGCGGGCAGGUUUGCUCGGCAGCAUCGGGGAAAGUUCUGCCGCUCCCUUUGGGCUAAGCAGCAAGAACAUGGGCACUCCUGAGCAGCGGAAACGUGUUCAAAUGAGCCCCAGCAAGCCUUGCC